AUGGGGAACGGAAGCAGCCUUAAGAUCAAACUGUUUCCCUUUAAACCACCUCCUCCGGAAAAAGACACGCUAAACCCUAUCCAGUAUGCCACUUACAAGUUUAGCCGCAAAUGUGAACUAUCAGAGACGCAUCACAUGUAUAUUGUCGAUAAAUCACAACUGGAAACACUCCCACCACCUCACGUACCACAUACGAAGAAAAGCGAGAUCUUCGAUUUGUUGAUGUACAAACAUAUAGACGAACGGGCAUUGAAAGUCUCUAGCGAUCUACAUAAAGGCUCCAUGGCCAACCUGGUAGCAUACCUUGUGGAGCCGUGCACUGACGACCUGGGUAGAAUCAGGUCGAUAUACACCUGGCUGACGUCAAAAAACCUGAACCAGAUAAAGAUACCACUGCCACCGAUAAGGGAGGGUAGUGUCCCCUAUUAUCUGAGUAGACUGAAGAAUAAGAAAGGGAACUACGCUCAACUACUUAGUCUAAUGUGCAGACAUGCUAAACUGAGCUGUGUGGUCGUCCAUGGUUACAUGAAGGGAAGCACGUAUGCUAUUGGUCAAUCGGUCAAGGACAACAAAGACAUAUUGUAUGGCGAGUGGAAUGCUGUCCUAGUGGACAAUGUCUGGCGACUUGUCAAUUCCUACUGGGGCGCAUGUGCAGUAGAUGGUGAUGAGAACGCAGCCAAAUUUUCGGUAGAUGAAUCCUUCUUUCUUCCUAACCCUGAACAAUUGAUCUACUCACACUUUCCGGAGGAAUCUAAAUGGCAAUUACUGGAAACCAGUAUCAGCAUGAAACAGUUUGAAAAAAAAGCUUAUUUAAAAGAACGUUUCUUUGAACUUGAAAUGAGGGCUCUUUCUCAUCAGAAAUGUGAAAUUGUGACGGAUAACGGCGAGAUUGAGAUUCUGUUUGGACUACCACAGGAAAAGGCACACGAGUUUGAAUUCAUGUGCUUGCUCUUCUCCAAAUCCGACGACAAAUGGAAGCAUAUCAAAGAAAAGACGUGUCAACAUGAUUUUGUGUAUUACCCAAACGACAGUUCGGUUGCUGUUCGGUGCCGCUUUCCGAAAAUAGGAGUGUACAAACUGGAAAUAGUGGGCAAAGAUUCCAGGAGAAAAGAGCAAGGAUAUGAUUUUGAUUGGGUGGCAAUCUACAAAAUCAAAGUUAACGGCAUACCUGAAGGGAACACAUCCUUUCCAAAAUGCUGCGCGGCCGGAUGGGGACCAGGCAAAAUUGUGAAGGAGUCCUGCCUCGAAGCCUCCACCGAUCCAAAUGCCAUCAUUUUCUCUGAGGGUGGUUACGUAGAGGUGUCUUUUGAGAAACUGAAACGCGAAGCUGCUGGUUUGAACAUCUCGUACAAGGUUGUCGGACUGAACAAAUCCUUAGACAAUAUCCCGAUGGAGGAAGAAGGUGUCCGAGAGGACGACGAAGAGUAUACUAUCGAGGUUAACGCGCCACCUGGCGAGGAAAGUGCGUUGUGCAUAUUUGCAUUGAUAGAUGACCCGUCUUACGGGACAAUCACAAAGAACAUAUGUAAUUAUCUAGUCAUCAGUUCAGAGGUGGAGGAGGUGGACGAUUCUCUCUUCCGGGAUAUAGAGGAGACCCGUCAACAGCUUGAAAAGGCGAUAGAGGAAAAGAAACUUGAACCGCUAGAAACAGCUGUUGAUCUGGUAGAAACAAAGAAAUACGAGCGAUACAUGCCACAAGAAAUGAGGAGGGCGAGGGACCUUAUUGCCAGGCUGAGGAAGCUGCAACAGCUUCUUCAUGCGGUCAUGGCGUUGGAACAGCCGACAAUAGCGGAAAUCCGAUCCUUCUCUAAUCCACUUCCGGAAAUACACAACGUGAUGAAGGCAACUCUUUUGUUACUUGGCAACUACGAUGAUGAGACUAAGCAAUGGAAAAAUGUACAGGCUAUCAUUGGUCGAACAGGUAAAGAGUCCCUCAAACGGCGGAUAAACGAAUUCGACAUCAACCAAAUGGAUCUCGAUAUUGCAUUGGGAGCUAAGAAGAUGAUUGGGAAGACUGACCUCGCUGACAUAAAAAUCACCAGUCUAGGGGCUGCCACAUUCUACGUAUGGGUGAUGGGAUUGGUGGAGGAAAUGGAGAUACGAUACAUCGACAAACUCAAGACCACUGUCCCUCGAACUCGAAAGAAGAGUACUUCCUAGGACAAAGCAGACUGACAGAUGUACCUUACAAUUGGCCAACAUAGAAAGCAGUUUUGAAGUGUUGGUACCUCAGCCAGAUUGCCUAACAUGCUUGUAUAUUGACGUUCUCCGUGUCAUAAAGCAGAAACGCAUAGAAUAAGUAGAGCAAUCAUCAAGUGUAAGUUGAUUUGGGGAUGACAAAGUUUGGUUGUUGAAUUCGCUGUACAACGUUUUCCUAAAGUCAUAGUUCAUCGUUUAAAGCGCAAAUGAGGAACAUCCUGCUAUACAAAUAUGAAUGUGUCAUCGUACAUCUAAACACGUGGUAACGUUAAACGUGUCAGUAAGACGGGACAUGUACUUAGACAUUGUAGCAAUAAAGAAUAAGUUGGACAGACAUUAUGAUAAGAGUGCUGACGAUAACAAAGAGGUAAGAAAGGUGGUCCUAUACCACGGACAACACAAAAAAGUGAGGACAGUGUGAAAUGUGAAAAGAUGAAAUAAAAUGUGAUGACAUGGUCAAUGUGAAACGAUGAUGCGAUAUGACGAGCUCUGAUGAUAUUUAAGUGUUGUUUUAUUUAUUUAUUUUUUUGCAACAUUGCCUCCAACACAAGCAACGAACUCUAUGUUCCGUUUUCUUUAUAAUAUCCUUAUAUACAUAUCAAUGUACUGCUGCUAUCUUAGAAAUAUGAUAUGCCGAUUUUAUUUACACAUUUAAAUUGUAUUUGUUGUGGUCAUUAUGUCAAGUAUCUUCUUAAUGCUGGUUGUUUCAUUAUUUUCUUGUUUGAGGGGUUAUUAUGAACUGUCCUUGUCGACCAAUGUAGUUAUAUUAAUGAUAAUUAGUUUAGUUUAAAAGCCUAGCUGUGAUAAAUGUAAAUAGUUUACAUUCAAGCAUAUGCCUUAUCUUGGCCAAAUUUACCUAUACACUGGAGACAUUCGAGAAUGUCUAUAUCCGUCCGUCAUUUGUCUUAUUGUAAAUAUACGUUAUUGAAAAUAUAUGUUUCUUGUUAUGAAAUUCAUACUUUUAUUUAACAGCUUCAUAAGUUAUAUCAGUCCAGGCUGUGAUAUUUGUAAAUAAAUACAUCAAUGUCGUUAUUCCUGCCAUCAUUAAUAAAACUGUCUGACCUUUUGAUAAUAGUAAACGUAGAAAUUGCCCUGAUAUUUAGCUGUGCAGUCACUUUCUCCAAUUGGUCAGGACAAUCAAGCUCAGUUGUAAUUAGAAGCCUGUUACUCUUGACGCUAAUAUUUUCUGUGAUAGCCUACCUUUAGUUGAAUUUUUUGUCCUGCGGAAAUGUAUUUCAUGUAGCAAGAGGAAUAUACUAUGGCUGGUAUGCCUUUUAUUGUAAUUUUACCUUUGUUUUCAUUGUAUAAAUUCAUCUAUUUAAAUUUUAUGUUGAAUGUUUAUUGAUCAAACUGAAUAUCAGAUAAUAAAUUAUUGGUUAUUGUUGUUGAUGGUGCGAUACGUAAGAUAUCAAUGUUAACUAAAUUAUGUUGGUAGUAUGCCAUAUUUAAUCAUUGUGAUAUACGAUUUGCAUUCAUUUUAUCAAUAAAGUGGAAAA